CCCUUUUCCAUCACGUACGGACUACUUUCAAUCUAAUUGGACAAUAAUCUAUCCAAUCACAUUCCACGUUGCACGGCGGCCGCUCAAUUUUGAAAACCAAAAUGGCUACUGAGGCUGUUCAAGCGUUACUUGAAAGAUGCGACCAUCUACAUUUGGAAUUGUACGAUGUGGCAGAGCAUCAGGAGGGUGGGGAAGCGGAGUUGAUGGUGCCCUACCUAACCGAAAGUCGUAGCAAACAGAAGAUUUUGUGCAGACAGUUGUUUGUGCUGGAUGACAUGAUGCAGCUUCUGGAGAGACUGGAGACAACUGACCAGCUGUUUAAUGAACCCUGCCCCCCAAACCCCGGCAACGAUGCUCACAGACGCUGGAAGGUCCUGAAGAGUGAAUAUAAAGAGGGAGUCCAGGAGGUGGAGACCCUUAUUAGCACCUUACAGGACAGGAUGGACAAACUGCACCACAAACGGGACAGACUGACAAACCUGGUCAUAGCACUAGAGAAGAAGAAAGAUCUCAGCCUGCAGAUGGGGGAGUCCCUCAAGGCGGCCCACAAUGCCUUGCGUGUAUGUGAGGUGCAGCUGGCCCAGCUGAGGGUGGAGACAGACGCCACACUGGCCCGCUCGGCUGACUGGCAGCACCUGAGAGAUGUCCUGCAGGGCUAUGUGGAGGAGACACAAGGGGUGAUGCAGUGUAGGCUGUUGUCAGUGGGGUCCUCGGAGCUGUGUGUGGAACUGAGGCCCUGCUCCUGUGGAUCCUCCUCCUCUGGCCAGCUGGAGCCUCUCAGACUGACUGUCACUUGGAGCCCUGAUGACCACUUCCACCUCCAGGUGUAUCAGGGUACUACAGGGCUGUUAGUGGAGUCCAUGAAGAGUCGCCUUUCUCACCUCAGUGCUGCCCUGCUGGAGGUCAUGCAGUGCUACAUCAGCCAGGGAGAGAUGCUGGCUGAGAUCCAGGCCCUACACUCCAGGUUUGCUAUAGACUGGCGUCCAGGCCAGAGACUGCUAGUGUUCCUGAAGACUGCCUCUAGGGUGUGCAACCUGGAGGUGGAGGAGGGCUACCCUUCCGGAGGCACAGCUACACUCAUCUCUGUACGCAGGGACGGCAAACUGGUCGACAACUCUGUCCUACAGCCUCCCCAGAAGACCCCCUCUCUGACAGAGUGGCUGGAGUUCCUCUCCUCCAGUCCGUACGUCUGACCAUCUUCUCUCUAGUUGACACAGAGGAAGUGGCUGUUUCUCUCCAUGGUCACCAAAGGGGCACCCUUACCUCUAAUAUGUAAAUAUUAGGAAUGUAACAAUUUAAUAUGCAUUGAUCCUGGUUCAAAUGUUUAAGAUGCUAGUGCAUGGUUCUGCAGGACCCCAAUCCAAAUUUAGCAUGCAUCGGUCAGAAAACCAAUUUCAAACGUUACAAUCGCCAGUUCACUAAAGUUUUUCACUCAUUGUUUUAUUCCAAAAAUACCUCCUAUGUGUUGUGACUGAGUUGAUGAGUCCCUUCCUUCAGUUCAGUAGGCUAUUGAACUUUUAUGCGUAUAACUGCAUAGGACUGUCAGGUAGACACAGCUGCUUGCGCUGACUAGAAGUUGGCCUCUCCAUGUUCUUAAUGGGCUGUUCGGACCUCACCGCGGCACCUUCAAGGUUCAGAGGCUUUGAAAAUGGCUUUCUCCGUGUCAUGUCGUAGGUUCUUAUUAGUUGAGUGACAACCAAUGCAAUUUGCCGGGUCAUUGUUACCAAAUGCGCUGUAGAAUUGUCUUUUUACUGGGGUUGCGUAGUCUACCGGAGUGCACACAACUCGCAUCGACCUGCUGGGUGGGGUUUUCAAUCAUUCUGAUUUUAUUUAGAUUGUUCGGGUCCCCAUAAUAAAUAGUUUGUUUAAAGAAAAACUACCCAAUCAGUGUAUUUGGUCAUUUAUACAUGAACAGGGUCAUUUCAUUAAGGAUGCGCAUGGUCACAUUCAUUGGUCAGAGCGCAGGAUAAGCGCUCCAGAAAAUUCAAAAUGGUCUAAACCAUUUCCUUUUGAGUAGGAUAAAAUCCAACGUUGCAUGAUAUAAUAAUUGCCAUUAUAUUAAAUGCCAUACUAAUUUGUAAAGAUAAUUAUUGAUGAAGUACAAGCUCAACGUGUUUUAUCUGACGAAAUGACAAGUUAAUGAGUGGGUAAUGGUGAUUGCAGAUAAUAGUCUGAUGAUAGUGGGUUGGUAGAUGUCUGCCCUAUUAUGGCUCAGCUCAUGUGCCUAUACCAUUGACACACAGACACUAACAGAGGGCCUCUCGGUUUAUAGAAGUCAGCUCAGAGGCCCAGCUCCUGCGCUCCAAUCAUCAUCAGAUAUGACUUUAAAAUGGAAAAUCGAAUGUGUUUAUGCAACAACAACGGAAAUACUGUAUAGAACUGAAUCCCAUCAAUUAAUUUCCAUAAUCCAGGUAUUCCUAAACUGG